GCCGGGCUGCGGCCCCGGGGCUCCCGGUCCUGGGCUCCCACUCGCCAUGAGCUCAGACGGCAGCAGGCUGCUGGGGAAGAGGCAGCCGGGGUACGGGACUCUGCAAGGAGACACCGAGAAAUCCCCCAUGGAGGUGACGGGUUACCAGACCAAGCCAUGGAGGGUGGCCCUGUGCCACAUGUGCUCCGUGCUGACAGCCGGGCUCCUCCUCAUCCUCUUCCACUGGAAGCCCAGCCUGGAGGUGCAGGUGAAGUGCCAGCCCUGUGCCCUCGGCCAGGCUGACUGGGUCAUCAUCAGGGACCGAUUUGGACAGUGCUUCACCGCCCGGGUGCGCACCGAGACGCUGGGGGAGGGCAGCCUGGAGCAUCACCCCGGGGUGAGACUGGAGGACCGGAGGAGCAGCAUCGCCAUUGGUGUGUCAGAUGAGGAGGAGAGCAGGGACACCAUCCGGCUCCAUGAGAAGGAGGAGAAGAACAUUUUACGUUAUUACCUCUUCGAGGGUCUGCGCUACGUCUGGCUGGAGCGGCUGCAAACCUUCUGCAGAGCCAGUGUCCUGGAUGAAGGUUGGACAUGUGCAGAUCUCCACCUCUGCCAGGCUGGGCUUGACCAGCAAGACCACAACACCAGGAGGAAGAUCUAUGGACCCAACCUCAUCGAGGUGCCAGUCAAGUCCUACGCGAGGCUCUUGGUGGAGGAGGUGCUCAAUCCUUUCUACAUCUUCCAAGUGUUCAGCAUCAUCCUGUGGGUCUGUGACACCUAUUACUACUAUGCUGCCUGCAUCUUCUUCAUCUCCACCAUCUCCUUGGGGUUGUCCCUCUACGAGACAAGGAAGCAAAGCACCACGCUGCAGAACAUGGCCAAGAUGUCAGUCGGCGUCCGUGUCCAUCGUCCUGGCGGAGAGGAGAUGAUGGUGAGCUCUGCUGACCUGGUGCCAGGGGACUGCAUCAGCCUCCCCGCCGAGGGGAUGUUGGUCCCUUGCGACGCGGCGCUGCUGACGGGCGAGUGCAUGGUCAACGAGAGCAUGCUGACAGGGGAGAGCGUGCCGGUGAUGAAGACCCCGCUGCCGGCCGGCACCCAGGCUGAGGGCACCCGGUACUCCCCUGAGGAGCAUCGGCGUCACACCUUGUUCUGUGGCACACAGCUCAUCCAGGCCAAGUCCUACGUGGGCAGGGAAGUGCUGGCAGUGGUGACCCGCACAGGGUUUUGCACAGCCAAAGGGGAUCUCAUCAGCUCCAUCCUCUACCCCAAACCUGUGACCUUCAAGUUCUACAAGGAUGCAGUGAAGUUUGUCCUCUUCCUGGCAGUCCUGGCUUUUAUCGGGACGCUGUACAGCAUCCUCAUCUUGGUUAAAAACAAGGUCCCUGUGGAGCAAAUCAUCAUCCGUGCUCUCGACCUGGUCACUGUCAUCGUGCCACCAGCUCUCCCAGCUGCCAUGACAGUGGGCACCAUCUAUGCCCAGAACAGGCUGAAGAAACAGGGCAUCUUCUGCAUCAGCCCUCCCCGCAUCAACCUCUGUGGGAAGAUCCGACUGGUUUGCUUUGACAAGACAGGGACACUGACAGAGGAGGGUCUGGAUGUCUGGGGAGUGAUCCCACUGGAGAACAAUGACUUCCUGCCCAUUGUCCAUGAGCCCCGUUGCCUGCCUGCUGGUCCCCUGCUCUACAUCUUGGCCACCUGCCACACGGUGUCCUUGCUGCGGGCUCAGCCCAUCGGGGACCCCGUGGACCUCAAGAUGGUGGAAUCCACUGGUUGGUGCCUGGAUAUGAUGGAGGAGGAGGAAGGUGAGCUGCCUGUCCUCCAGCAGUUUGGGACAAAGGUCUUGGCUGUGAUGAAACCUCCACCUGAAGAAGAACAGCCACGAGACAGGAAGCAUCAGUCACCCCUGGGCAUCCUCCGCCGUUUCCCCUUCUCCUCCUCCUUGCAGAGGAUGAGUGUCCUUGUGAAGGUGCCUGGUGAAGCCUCAGCCCAGGUCUACACCAAGGGUGCCCCAGAGCUGGUGGCCAGCCUCUGCAGGAAGGACACGGUGCCUGUGGAUUUCUCCCAGAUGCUGCGACAUUACACCACGGAGGGAUUCCGGGUCUUGGGUCUGGCUUCCAAAGCCCUGAGCUCAGUGACGACCUUCGAGGAGGCCCUGCAGCUCCAGAGGGACUCUGUGGAGAGUGGCCUGACCUUCAUGGGCUUCCUUGUCAUGAAAAAUGUCCUCAAGCCUGAGUCUGCACCUGUGAUCCACCUCCUGAGGAAUGCCAACAUCCGCCCCGUCAUGGUGACAGGGGACAACAUGCUGACCGCAGUGAACGUGGCUCGGGGCUGCCGCAUGGUGGAGCCGAAGGAGCGAAUCAUCUUCAUCAGCGCUUCCCCUCCGGGCAGGGACAACCCCGCUGCCCUGAAAUUCAUCCCUGCAGAGCAUUCCCAGGGGGAGGAGCAGCUGGAGCAGGGUCAGCCCCAGUGGGACCACUGCUCCCUCCAGCUCUGCCACUUCGCCCUGAAUGGCAAAUCCUUUGCUGUGGUGUCCGAGCACUUCCCUGACCUCCUGCCCAAGAUUCUCCUCCGAGCCACUGUCUUUGCCCGAAUGUCCCCUGAGCAGAAAACUCAGCUGGUGUCCAGCCUGCAGGAGCUCGACUACUGCGUGGGGAUGUGUGGGGACGGGGCCAAUGACUGUGGGGCUCUGAAGGUGGCUGAUGUGGGCAUCUCCCUCUCGGAGGCGGAGGCGUCGGUGGCUUCGCCGUUCACCUCCCGUGCAGCCAACAUCGAGUGUGUCCCCACUGUCAUCCGGGAGGGCAGGUGCUCUCUGGUCACCUCCUUCGGUGUCUUUAAGUACAUGGCCCUGUACAGCCUGGUGCAGUUUGUGUCCGUCCUGCUGCUCUACACUCUCAACACCAACCUGAGUGACUUCCAGUUCCUCUUCUUUGACCUGAUCAUCACCACCACUGUGGCAGUGCUGAUGGGUCGGACGGGUCCUGCCCAGGAGCUGGGGGUGGAACGUCCCCAAGGGGCACUGAUCAGUGUCCUGGUGCUGGGCAGCCUGCUCCUGCAGACAGCUCUGCUCAUCACUGUCCAAGUCCUCAGCUACUUUGUCACUGUCUCACAGAGCUGGUUUGUGCCACUGAACAGCACGGUGAUGGCUCCCCAAAACCUGCCCAACUAUGAGAACACAGUCCUCUUCUGCAUCACUGGCUUCCAGUACCUCAUCCUGGCCGUGGCCAUGUCCAAGGGGUACCCCUUCAGGGAGCCUCUCUACACCAAUGUGCUCUUCUUGAUAGUCCUCAUCCUCCUCUUUGGUCUCAUGAUCUGGCUGACCCUCUACCCCCUGGGCUUCCCCAGAACCCUGCUGAAGCUGCAGACCAUUGAUGAUUUGAAUUUCAAGCUGCUGCUGCUGGGGAUUGCUGUGCUCAACUUCUUUGCUGCCUUUGUGCUGGAGACUGCCCUGGAUCAUGGUUUGCUGAGCUGCCUCCGCAAGCUGCGCCGAAAGAAAGGCUCCAAGAAGCUCUUCAAGAGGCUGGAGAAGGAGCUGAGCCAGCAGCAGCCACCUUGGCCACCCCUUGACCAACCCCUCUUUGCUACACCCAAGAUGUCCAUCACUGCCAGAUAGCAGAGCCAGGCUCUGCCCUCCCCAUCCUGCAGCCCCCAGCCCCUGGACACUGAUGUUUAUUUAUUUAUCCUGGGAAAUGGGGGGGUGGGAUGGGGUGGGCAGGCUCCCACAGGAGACCCUCAGGGUGGCAGCUGGGGAUCCACACCUGCUGGUCCCACAGCCCAGAGGAGAAGUAAAAUGGGGGAGAAGGUCCAGAAGAAGGGAAAUGGUCCAGCUCAGCUCUUCCAGGAACUCUUCCAUCCCUGUUGGCCUUGGACCCACCUCCCCAUGCUGUGUCCAUUUCACAGGGGGACACCACCCCCCUGUCUACUCCAGGCUGCUCCAAGCCGCCAAGAAGAGGUCCUUGAUCUCCUCAUGGUGAGGACAUCCACCCCAGCCUUGCAUUUUUUGCUCACUGUGAAAAAAAAAACCCCACAACCUCCCCAUGCCCCCCCCCUAGAUGUGUAGGAACUGUUUACAACCUCCCCAGCCCUUGCUUGCCAAGGAUGCUCCAUCCCCACCCCCUGGGGACCUGGCCAUGGCCAUGGCCACCAUCUGUGCUCCUGCAGGAGCACCUCUGCUUUCAGAUGGGACCUCUGUAGCAUUAAAAAAA